ACACCGACAGACAGGCAUAGGAGCACGCUCAUGGAAAACAUUACAAUUUACCAUCAUAGUUAAACUUCGAUGGCAGCGUUAAAGUUGACUGCGGGGGCGGAUUGCACACACGCACACACAUACGCACACUGAAUGUAGUGGACGCACCUACGGCUGGAGCUACAUACUUCGCUAAAUCGCCACCGUAAUCUUGAGGCGCGAGACCGGAAUUAAAAUCCCCGUUUUGAUCCUAAGACGUGAACUUGGAACUUGACCCCUUCUGCGUCCUGCGAGGAAAUGUCGAGAACACGUAACCCGAACCCAUGUCUACUACUACUGCUGGCAUUGUUCAGUUGGACUACUGUAGAGUGUGCGUGCCCUGUUCCAUCAUCCAAGCCCCAGCAGCUGGUCCUAGUGAACGGGCAGGUGAGGGUGAGUAGCAGCUACAAGGACGGAGCCUCCCUCCAGCUCAGCUGUCCACUUGGGCACACCCUCAACGUCACCAAGGGAGACAGUAACUAUGACAGUGGCUCACACAUCAACUCUGUCUGCUCAAGCAAUGGCCGCUGGGACCCGUACUGGCCAAAGUGCAUGGUCACGAAAUGUGGGUAUCUGACUGUGACCAAUGGUAAUUGGCGGCCCAAGCGCUUGAAGGCUGGAUCUGUCACUACUGUCACCUGUGAUGCUGGUUAUGUGCUCAGCCAAUCAGGAAGCAUCAGCGCCAAGCUCUUGUGUAACAUCGACGGCCAAUGGAAUCAGACCACACCCAGCUGUGUCAAAGUUCCCCCAGCGUCAGGGUGCCGGUCUCCUGCCGUGAUCGAGGGUCUUCAGCUGCGUGACUCCUAUGUCCUCCAGAGUGUGUUUGCUCUGGGCUCCACAGUCUCCUAUCGCUGCUCUCUGGGCUACAUGCGUAUGGGGGGCCAAACUGCGGCCCAGUGCACAGAGAGAGGAUGGACCAGGCCAACACUCAGAUGUGAACUUAAGUCGUGUGGCUCCGCCGGGGAGAUCCGUAAUGGCCAAUACGUGUAUGACGAGGGAGUUCUCUUCGGGAGUCGUGCACGUGCUGUGUGCAACCAGGGUCAUCACCUGAUUGGAGAAGGCACUCGAGUCUGCCUCAACGAGGGAUGGGACGGCCGAGAGGCAGUGUGUGAGGCUGUGCAGUGCCCCCCUCCCCCACAGGUGUUCGGGGCUGAGCAGUUGGGCUCUCUGGAGGAGCCGUAUCUGUACCAGCAGGUGAUUGGCUACCGCUGUCGAGCAGGUCAGCUGGUGGGGGCCCGCGAGAUGCACUGCACACAGAACGGCACAUGGAGUGACAACCCUCCGCGAUGCACAGUUCCCCCAGCGUCAGGGUGCCGGUCUCCUGCCGUGAUCGAGGGUCUUCAGCUGCGUGACUCCUAUGUCCUCCAGAGUGUGUUUGCUCUGGGCUCCACAGUCUCCUAUCGCUGCUCUCUGGGCUACAUGCGUAUGGGGGGCCAAACUGCGGCCCAGUGCACAGAGAGAGGAUGGACCAGGCCAACACUCAGAUGUGAACGUAAGUCGUGUGGCUCCGCCGGGGAGAUUCGUAAUGGCCAAUACGUAUAUGACGAGGGAGUUCUCUUCGGGAGUCGUGCACGUGCUGUGUGCAACCAGGGUCAUUACCUGAUUGGAGAAGGCACUCGAGUCUGCCUCAACGAGGGAUGGGACGGCCGAGAGGCAGUGUGUGAGGCUGUGCAGUGCCCCCCUCCCCCACAGGUGUUGGGGGCUGAGCAGUUGGGCUCUCUGGAGGAGCCGUAUCUGUACCAGCAGGUGAUUGGCUACCGCUGUCGAGCAGGUCAGCUGGUGGGGGCCCGCGAGAUGCACUGCACACAGAACGGCACAUGGAGUGACAACCCUCCGCGAUGCACAGAGCUAGCAUGUCGGCAGCCGGUGGUGCGUUUCGCUUUGUGGUCAUGGAAUAAGCUGCAUUACCGGCCAGGUGAGUGGGUGGGCGUGUCCUGUCAGCAGGGGCGGAGGCUACAGGGACCUGCCAGACUCACCUGUGGAGCUGACGGCCAAUGGGAACCUGCCGUGCCCACCUGUGUGCCCACCUGGGGCUCCAAGUAAGCGGAGCAGAUACACCAGGCUGCAUCAGCUGUCUCCGUCCUUUCUUCCUCUUCUUCUGGCCCUGAUGGGGUCACCUCCGAACCUGCAGGAGUUAUCACUUCGAUGAUCUUUUGUGGUGCACUGAGGCUGACAGGAAGAGACUGCAGAGGGUGACCAACACAGCCCAAAAAAAUCAUAAGCUGCCUUGUUCGUAAUCAUAAGCUGCCCUCUUGGCUGUGCGCAACUCAACCUCUGAAACCGCUGUUGGUCAAAAAAUUAGCACACGUGGUUGGCUACCAGUGUCUUGCCCCUCCCCACAACAUUGUGUUUAUGAACAAAUAAGCCUCCCAUGAUCACCAUUUACAACUCCCGCAGCCUAAGCAGAGCCAGGAGUAUCAUUAAAGACACCUUGGACCCUGGCUUCCAUCUUCUCACACUGUUGCCCUCUGGCAGGCGCAACAGAUCAAUAGCAGCCACACUGUAAAAAAUGAUGUCAGUGAUAAGUCAUAAUAACCUACAUAAUUAAUUUAUUCUCAUAUACAGUGCAAUGGCAACAGCAUGUUUUAACUUGAAAUUGUAAGUUUCCCGGCUGGCUCAGAAUUCCAAGUUAAUUUAAAUAUUUAUUGUAAGUUGUAUGAAAGCGAAAGUGAAAGCUAAAGGAGUUGUGUGUGCAAUUUAAAGCUUCACACAACUUACAAUUUAAACUAACUCUGAAUUCUGAGGCAGCUGGUAUUUUUAGAACCAAUAGAAUGAAGGAUAGCUUCUUCCCCAAAGCUGUCACAAUACUGAACGCACACUUGGAGUAUUGUGAUCAUUUAUCAAGGACUCUCGUAUGGAGGCUUAAAAUUUCAUUAUACAGUACAUUGUACAAUGACAAUAAAAGGCUUUGUAUUGUAUUUCUAUUGUAUUAUAUUGUUAUACAAACUCCCAUCCUCGAUUUGUGCUUGUGGACUUGCGUUUCGCUGAGAGCCCUACUCCAUGUAGAAAACAAUGAAGUUUCCUCACUGUCAGCCUAGGCACAACAACUUUUGGGUGACAUUUCCCCAUUCAACAUCCCGAUUGCAAAUAAGAAAAUGCCUAUUGAGUUGUGCAUUUAUGAGAUAUUGAAUGAAACUUCUGUCAUCAAUGACGUCUUGGGUAACACUUUCUAUGGCGACCGUAUCUAUACCCCAUUAUGAACACAUUUGUAUAUCAAAUUAUAAUGCACCUUAUAAUUACUUACAACGCAUUACGACUACACCCAUGAUGUUUCAUGAUGCUUUACAAUACAUUAUGGGUACUUAUAAUGUUCUAUGCACAAGCCUGGAUGAUGCUUUUUAUAGAAAAGUGUUACCAUGUCAUGCGAGGUCUUCAUGAUGUCACAAGUCUAAGGAAGGAUGGGAGUUUAGAUAAUGGCACGUACCCUUGGUGAUAUACUGUGCUGCUGUAGUACAACUAUAGUACAGUUUAAAACUGUCACGAUUAUCUGAUGUGGCUGAAAGCCUUUACACACAUGAUGUUUUUGUAGCAGCAAUGCAAAACUACUGCCUAACCUUAACUGCUGAAACUUUAUAAACUGAAGUAUUAUUUACAUUAAUACUGUAUAAUACGAGAGAGAGAGAGAGAGAGAGAGAGAGAGAGAGAGAGAGAGAGAGAGAGAGAGAGAGAGAGAGAGAGGAAAUGAAAUGUAAAAUCUGCCUGUUGAUGACAAUCAAUAAAAAAACAUCUGCCAUUGAUUCUCAAUGAGAUUGUUAAAUGCUGGUUUGAAAAUGCAUAAAACAGAUGUGAGAGGAGAUGGCAGAGGUUAGGGUUGUAUUAUAUGUGGGGUCAUUAUAUAUGGGGGGGA